CAGAGGCGCUGGUGUUUUCGCGAUGUUGAGGUGUCGGCGUAUCUUGGGUUCGGUGUUGCCUCGGCAACAGCUCAUGUUACAUAGCUGUAGAUGGUGUUCUUCAGGAAUUUUUCCCAAUGAAAAGAUCCGGAACAUAGGCAUUUCUGCACACAUCGACUCAGGAAAGACCACAUUAACUGAACGCAUUCUAUUUUAUACAGGAAAGAUAGCAGAAAUGCAUGAGGUAAAGGGGAAAGAUGGGAUAGGUGCUGUCAUGGAUUCCAUGGAAUUGGAACGACAACGAGGGAUCACUAUUCAGUCUGCUGCAACAUACACCAUGUGGAAAGGCACAAAUAUUAAUAUAAUUGAUACCCCAGGGCAUGUUGAUUUCACAAUAGAAGUAGAAAGGUCACUGAGAGUUCUUGAUGGAGCCGUUCUCGUCAUGUGUGCUGUUGGAGGGGUUCAGUGCCAGACAAUGACAGUGAACAAACAAAUGAAGCGAUACGGUGUUCCGUUCUUGACCUUUAUCAAUAAAUUGGAUCGCACGGGCUCAAAUCCAAACAGAGCAAUACAACAACUAAGAACCAAGCUGAAGCAGAAUGCUGCUUUUAUUCAGAUUCCUAUGGGACUGGAAGGGCAAUUCAAAGGAAUUGUUGAUUUAAUUGAAGAAAAAGCUAUAUACUUUGAAGGUGACUUUGGCGAGAUUGUUAAAUAUGAUGACAUCCCUUCUGAGUUCAGAGCAGAGUCCACAGAUCGUCGCCAGGAACUGAUUGAAUGUGUUGCAAACAUAGAUGAAAAACUUGGAGAGCUUUUUCUUGAAGAGAAGAUCCCAACAGUGACUGAUUUGAAACUUGCAGUCAGAAGAACAAUACUCAAUAAGACCUUCACACCUGUACUGGUUGGAAGUGCCCUGAAGAAUAAAGGGGUGCAACCUCUGUUGGAUGCUGUUCUAUCAUAUCUCCCAAAUCCAUCAGAAGUACAGAAUUAUGCAUUAUUCAACCAGGAGGAUAUGCUGGAAAAAUCCAGGAUUUUGUUAGGAUCUGCCAGAGAUGAUUCCCUGCCAUUUUUGGGCCUGGCAUUCAAACUUGAGGCUGGACGUUUUGGGCAGCUGACAUAUGUUCGUGUUUAUCAAGGGAUGCUAAAGAAAGGUAGCUAUAUCUAUAACACCAGGACUAAGAAAAAGGUACGGGUACAAAGAUUUGCCCGCAUGCACGCGGACAAGCUGGAGGAUGUGGAAGAGGUUUAUGCAGGUGAUAUCUGUGCAUUUUUUGGCAUUGAAUGUGCUAGCGGAGAUACAUUCUCAGAGAAAGUGAAUAUUGACCUUUCUAUGGAACCCAUUCAUGUACCUGAUCCUGUUGUUUCUAUAACAAUGAAGCCAUCCAACAAGAAUGAUGACAAGUUUGCAAAAGGCAUCAACCGUUUUGUAAGAGAAGAUCCCACUUUCCAAGUCCAUUUUGACACUGAGAGCAAAGAGACAGUUGUUUCAGGAAUGGGAGAACUACACCUGGAAAUCUAUGCUCAGCGAAUGGAAAGAGAAUACGGUUGUCCUUGUGUGACCGGGAAGCCUAAAGUAGCAUUCAGAGAGAGCAUUGAGGCCCCUGUACCCUUUGAUUAUACCCAUAAAAAACAGUCUGGUGGUGCAGGCCAGUAUGGAAAAGUAAUAGGGUAUCUGGAACCCCUAGAUGCAGAGCACUACACCAAAGUGGAAUUUCUUGACCAAACGAUUGGGACAAAUAUUCCAAAGCAGUUUGUGCCAGCUAUUGAAAAGGGAUUCCGUGAGGCAUGUGAGAAAGGCCCAUUGACAGGUCACAAGAUUUCAGGGAUACGAUUUGUCUUGGAGGAUGGAGCUCAUCACAUGGUGGAUUCUAACGAAAUCUCUUUCAUCCGAGCUGCUGAAGGUGCCAUGAAACAAGCUCUGAAAGAUGCAAGAACAUGUAUUCUUGAGCCCAUUAUGGAUGUGGAAGUGGUAGCACCAGUUGAAUUCCAAGGAGCAGUCAUGGCUGGAAUUAGUCGCCGUCAGGGUGUUAUCACGGGGCAAGAUGCAGCUGAAGACUAUUUUACCCUCACUGCUGAGGUGGCACUGAAUAAUAUGUUUGGAUAUGCUACAGAACUACGGUCAUGUACAGAGGGAAAAGGAGAAUACACAAUGGAAUACAGUAAAUACCAACCUUGUUCAUCCAGUACACAGGACGAAUUAAUUAACCAAUACCUUGAAGCAACAGGGCAACUCCCUGGGAAAAAGGGCAAGGUCAAAGGUUAAUGCACAUUUCCAAGAAACUGCAAACAAGCUGUGUUUGUUGCAAGACUCUUACAGUUGAACAAGUGAAGAAAAUUCAGAACAAUUUCAUCCUGAAUCAAAGUUUUGACUUUAUUAAGUCAUGAAAAGACUGUUGUUUGCAUAGAAAUUCCAUGAAUGAAUCACCAUCUUAAUUUAUAUUAAAAAUGUUUUGUUUUA